AAGCCUAAUCAAACAGGACUUGCCAGUCUCGGGUUUUAUCGUUCUCCUAGCCAACGCCUUGGGGAAAGACUGCUAGCAGUUUUACGGAAGAGGGGACCCGGAGCCCAUCCCGAGGUGAUGCGCAAUGAGUUUGGUGCACUUUGGCUCGUUCAAAAACACACAAACAUUCCACCUCCGAUGCCGAUAGACUUCACCUUCAUCCGCUGCGAUGUCGAUGGUGAGGAUUAG